AUGUUGUCGGUCACAGAAAAUCAACUUCAUGGAAUCCUUCCACCAGACUUAGGCUUACGUCUUCCUAAUCUCGAGGGUUUUUAUGUGUCGAGAAACUGGUUUACCGGACCCAUUCCUGUUUCACUAGCCAAUGCUUCAUUCUUUCAAAAGCUCUAUCUCCCCGACAACGAUUUCACUGGAGGUGUGCCUAUGAAUCUUGGCACUCUUCAAUAUCUUAAUAUAUUUGUCAUCGGCGGUAAUCAGCUCGGAACAGGGAAAGAAGAUGACUUGAAUUUCAUCAAUUCCCUCUCCAACUGCAGCUACUUGGAAAAUUUUGAAUUUGGUAACAACAGUUUCAAUGGUAUGCUUCCCAAUUCCAUAGCCAAUCUAUCGACCCGACUCAAUCGGCUGGUGAUAGGAUUCAACCACUUGUAUGGAAGCAUCCCUGAAGGAAUCGGGAAUCUCGUCAGCUUGACCCAAUUGACUAUGGAUCAUAACAAUUUCAUAGGUACCAUUCCUGUUAGUAUGGGAAGACUUCAUAGACUGCAAAUGUUAGACUUGUCAAGUAACAGAUUUUCUGGGCAAAUUCCGACAUCCAUCGGCAAUUUCACUGAACUAAAUGAACUUUACUUGCAAGAAAACAGCCUAUUGGGAAACAUACCUCCUAGUCUUGGAAAUUGCCAAAAACUAAUAGCUUUGAACCUUUCUCAAAAUAACCUUAAUGGUACAAUCCCCAAACAGCUCCUUAGCCUGUCGUCUCUGUCAAUUUCUCUCAACUUAGCUAGAAACUUUUUGAUCGGGCCCCUACCCAUGGAAGUGGGUGGCUUGAUAUAUUGA